GUGAUUGGCUCUGUUUGACCAGACCAAAUUUUGGCUGAAACGAAAACCUAAGUGCUAACAAAGAAGCAUUUCACGAAAGCAACCUUAUCUCUUCACAUAUAGCUUGAAUUCACUUUUAACCAUUUAACAGCAGCGAAACUAUCCUAGAGAGGGUGUACUUGAUUCUAACUUUGCUUUCAAUAUGACGGCUGUCAAUGUCACCCUGGUUCGUGACACCAAGUGGCUGACUUUAGAAGUCUGCAGAGAAUUUCAGAGAGGAACCUGCUCUAGAGCUGAUGCAGAUUGCAAGUUUGCCCAUCCGCCAAGAGUCUGCCACGUGGAAAAUGGCCGUGUGGUGGCGUGUUUUGAUUCUUUAAAGGGUCGGUGCGCUAGGGAGAACUGCAAGUACCUUCACCCUCCUCCACACUUAAAAACUCAGCUGGAAAUUAAUGGACGCAACAAUCUGAUCCAACAAAAGACUGCCGCAGCCAUGUUCGCCCAGCAAAUGCAGUUUAUGGUCCAGAAUGCUCACAUGUCAUCGCUUACUUCUUUUCCUAUGAAUCCGUCACUUGCAGCUAAUCCUGCAAUGGCUUUCAAUCCUUACUUACCUCAUCCUGGGAUGGGCCUGGUUCCCGCUGAACUUGUACCGAAUGCACCUGUUCUGAUUUCUGGAAACCCGCCUCUCGCAUUGCCAGCAGCUGCUGGUCCCAAACUGAUGCGUUCGGAUAAACUGGAGGUUUGCCAAGAAUUCCAGCGUGGAAAUUGUACCCGUGGGGAAAACGAUUGUCGCUAUGCUCACCCCACGGAUGUUUCCAUGAUUGAGGCAAGUGAUAAUACCGUGACGAUCUGCAUGGAUUACAUCAAGGGGCGAUGCACCCGGGAGAAAUGCCGGUACUUUCAUCCUCCUGCACACUUGCAAGCCAAACUCAGGGCAGCUCAUCACCAGAUGAACCAUUCAGCUUCUGCCGCUAUGGCCCUCCAGCCUGGUAUGCUUCAGCUGAUACCAAAGAGAUCGGCACUUGAAAAGACCAAUGGUGCCACUCCGGUCUUUAACCCCAGCGUUUUCCACUGCCAGCAGGCUCUGGCUAACCUGCAGCUCCCGCAGCCGGCAUUUAUCCCUGCAGUGCCCAUGAUGCAGGGCGCAGCUUCCACCACUGUGUCUGCAGCACCAACACCUGCCACCAGCGUCCCCUUCGCUGCAACAGCUACAGGCAAUCAGAUACCCCUAUUAUCAGUAGAUGAACUGAAUAGCAGCAUGUUUGUUUCACAGAUGUAGAAGUUACCAGUAGAACAUUGAAAUUCUGAACAACAGAGUUACAGAGUAUCAAGAUCUCUCCGUGAGAACCUCCAUAUGGCCUUUCCAUAUAUAUUCUCAUAGGUCCUCUUCUACCAAUGCUACAAUAAGUGUGAUGCGGUCAAUAUAUUAAACCAAACGCAUAUACCAACCAACAGAUUCAAACAAAACCAAUAAAGCAUUAAACAGUCAGUGGAGAUGUUAAAACAAAACACACAUAGAA